UCCUAUUCUUUCGAAACGGAGGGACUACUUGUGAUACACUUUUCUAACACGCUAGAUUCUCCAAGCGACAAAUUUCAAGUGAAGAUUGGAAAUUGCAAUGAUCAUCUUCAGGGGAGUGUAGCCUCCAAAACACCGCACUGAACCAAAAGCCCCAAGUCCCCAACCUUCAAAAAUCUCCUCAGCCAGCAACACCCCCUGGAAAAAUGACGAAUCCGGCAGAGGCGGAAACAAUCUCAGCCGCUGGUGGCACCGCCCAACAUUUUCUGCAAGCGCAACCGUCUUUUCCCUGUCCAUUUGCAGAAGGCGAGAGAGUCAUUGCUAGUCACGGCGAAUUCUUAUACAAAGCCAAAGUUGUAAAAGUGAAAUCUGAGGACGGUUGGUUGUUUUAUGUUCAUUACAUGGGUUGGAAGAAAAGUUGGGAUGAAUGGGUCAAAGUUGAUCGCUUGAUGAAAUAUACAGAUGAGAAUUUACAGAAAGUUUCUCAAACAGCUGAAGGUGUGAAGGCUGGGUAUCUAUACCCAUCAAAAUUUGGUGCUUUUGAUGCUGGAGGGAAAAAGCACAAGAAAGAUUCUGCUCUUUUGUGUCGUAAAAGAAAAAGAAAGCACAACAUGCUCAAGGGUAAAUUCAAUGAAUCAGAAGAAAAGAUCAUCAACAUUUCUGUUCCUCUAACGCUAAAGAAGCAACUAAUAGCUGAUUUUGUAUUCAUUAAGCAAACGGGAAAGCUUGUCAAGCUUCCGCGAACUCCAAAUGUUAAUGAUAUUACCGAGAAGUAUCUAGAUUACAGAAGAAAGAAGGAUCUUGUAAUGUCUACCUCACUUGGCGAAAUUUUGAGCGGGUUAUGUGCUUAUUUUAAUAAAGCUUUGCCUAUGAUGCUUCUUUAUAACAAUGAACGUCAACAAUAUCAAGAAGCAAUCAAUGAGAAUACGUCUCCAUCCAGAGUUUACGGAGCUGAACAUCUUCUUCGUCUGUUCGUCAAGUUGCCUGCACUAUUAUAUGAUUUAAACAUCGAAGAGGAGACCCUACGGAAUCUAUUGGGGAAUAUACAUGACUUUCUGAAGUUCUUGCAGAUGCAUCAAAGUGUGUUUUUCCUACCUACGUAUGAUGUUCCUGAACAUACACCGAGAAGCACAGAUAUAGAGUGCAACUGAUAAAUGGUGCAGAUGUGUUAUCUAACUACUGUAUAUCCACAAUACAUGGGAGCUCUUAUAGCUGAACUUUGUAAAGGUUCUUGGUGCCGGUAUAUGUAGAAACUGUGGUGCAAAGUGAUACUGUUAGAUCCUGAAUGUUGAAUUCCAUUUUAGGCUGAGGGAGAUUCCUCCUUGGCACCAUGUACAUUGAUAGCUAGCUGGGAGAAAAUUAGAAAGAUUGAUGUAUAGAGUAGUAAAACAGCUGACUGUUGUGCCGUUUUAAUUAUAAUGCCUAAAUGCUACGCGCUGUGCAAAUGAAAUAGUAUCUGCUUUUGAUUGA